GGCACGGAGGGUGGAGCCGAGCCGCCGCCACCGCCUCCUCCUCCCGCUCCUUUUCCGGUGUGUGAGGCCUCCGCAUUACGCGAGCUUGGGGAUCCAGCGCGGCCUGGUGACAAUGCCUGUCGCAAUGACCGGAGAGACGAAGACGAAGCUAUCCAGGAACCUGCUGCGCAUGAAGUUCAUGCAAAAGGGUUUGGAUGCACAAACUAAAAAAGAACUAGAAGAAGAAGAAAAGAAGGUCAUUAGUGACGAGCACUGGUAUCUUGAUGUGCCAGUUAAAAAGGCAAAAGAGAGCUUUAUCGUAGAAGAGCGAAGCUUUGUAGUAUGCGAGGAACUACUUUAUGGCAGGAUGUCCUUCAACGGAUUCAAUCCAGAAAUUGAGAAGUUAAUGAUCCAAAUGAACUGUAAGAAUAAGAAAGAAGAAAUUGAAGUGGAUGAUAAAAUGGAGGCUGAUGUGUCAGAUGCAGAAAUGGCCAGAAGAUACGAAACAUUAGUGGGGACAAUAGGGAAGAAAUUCAUGAGAAGAAGAGACCAGCGUGUAUUAAUGGAUGAAGAAAAUUGUGAGAAUAUUGAGAUAAGGCCUAGCAAAAAAGCUAAGAAAAAGUUCUUAAAACCUCGUGACUGAUACCAGCUGCACAACUGGAGCCAAUAAAAACGUUUUCUACCAAAUACAGUACCACAAACUGAGAUUGUUUGAAGUACUUGCUGUUUAGUGUAAAGGAUAGAUUUGUGAAUCUGAGUCAGUUCUCACUGAAACUUUUACCAUCUGCAUGAAUAAACAUUUUUCAGAGUGGAUGUGUAUUUAAUAGAUGCCGUACAUACUUACCACUCAGCAGCUUCUACUGUGCACUAGUCCCACCAUUCUUUUUAAAUGUGCAUAACUAGAUAAGUGUCACAUUGAAUUGAGAGCAACAUUAUUUACAAUUUAUGGUAACAUCCAAAAGAAGUAUUUGGAGUAAAGCGAUGUCCAAUCCAGUAGGGCAGUUCAGUUUUCACUGCUUUAUUUAUUAUGAAAAUGAAACCUUUGCUGUCUUCAAAUUGAAAGAAGACCUCAGAAACACGUGAACAUGUGUCUUCCUUUUUUUUUUUUUACUAUGCUAUAAAUAAGAUGGGAGAAGAAGAGAAAUAAAAUCAGUUUUGUUUA